AACUAAAUAGAUGAUGUGGGAUUAGCAACUAGCAGAACCACAAAAUAAAAGAAACAUUCCUGUAAGGAUCUACUUCCAGAAAAGAAAAAGACAGCUGCUAAAGUCAGGGGGAAUACAGAAAAUAGAGUGGCAAGAAUGGGGACCAGGUGUAGCUCCUGAGGGACUAUCCAUGGAUUGAGAACAAGAGAAACUACCGUGAUCCAGCAAAAAGACCUUGAAAAGAGAGCAACUUCUUGCUGGGGACAGAGUCAGAUAAAAGAGGAAGUACUCUUCUAACAAAAAUUGUUAUAGAGACUUUUGUCCUUUUGAACUUUCCCUGCCUUUGGACUCAUCAUGAAAGAAUAGAAAAAAAAAUAUUUUUUCCAUUCUCUGCUAACAUUGCCAUGGAUUUGCUUAAAGCCAUCAACACUCCUUUAGCCACCAGCUCCAAAUCAUCUAAAAGGACUUUGGAAAAAUCAUCUCAUUCUUCAUUCAGUGCUCCCAGUUAUUUGGAGGGUAAGAAGGAACAUCACAAGAAGAAGCUGAGUGGAAGCAGCGAUCCAUCCUUGGAUGAUGGUACUUUCCACAAGUCCAAAAAAAUAAAACAACCAUAUGUUAACACUGAAAUGCUGACCUUACGUGAGCCUGAUGGCUUAAAAAUGAAGCUAAUCCUCUCACCAAAAGAGAAAGGGGGUACCAUAACAGAAGAUCCCUUUCCACAUUCUGGAGCUACAAAAAAGACCUCUAAGAAAUCUGUUCGGGAUGAACAAAGCUCACAGCCCUCAAGCCAUGAUACACACAGCUUCUUGAAAUCCCGUAAGAAGCACAAGCCACCUACAGAUCCCCAUCACCUUUCUCCUGCUGAGGGAUUCAGCUCAGACACAUCCCUCUUCCCUGAAGGCCAAAGCAGUGAUUUUGAGCUUUCAAACUUGGAACCACAAAUGGAAUCUGGAUCAUCAUCUGGAGGUGAGUUGGAAGCUGGUGAACUAGUCAUUGAUGAUUCAUAUCGGGAGAUAAAAAAGAAAAAGAAAUCAAAGAAGAGUAAAAAGAAGAAAGACAAGGAGAAACACAAGGAGAAAAAACACUCUAAAUUGAAGAAGAGUUCUGGACUCUCUUCAUCACCAGCAGCAGUGGAAAUAACACCACAACUGCCUGUUUCUCCAGCUAGCAUCCAGUUUGUUCUACAUGCCCCUCCUCCUUCUCCCUCACCACUACCACCUGUUUUCUGUACAGAUAGCCUGAAUGAGAAGAAGAAGAAGAAAGAAGAAAAAGAGAAGAUUGAGAAAAUAGAAAAAGAAAAGCCAAAGAAGAAAAAUAUGUCUGCCUACCAAGUAUUCUGUAAGGAAUAUCGUGUGAACAUUGUGGCUGAGCAUCCAGGAAUAGAUUUUGGUGAGCUGAGCAAAAAGCUAGCAGAGGUUUGGAAACAGCUUCCAGAGAAAGAUAAGCUGGUUUGGAAGCAGAAGGCUCAAUAUUUGCAACAUAAGCAGAAUAAAGCAGAAGCGACAACAGUGAAGAGGAAAGCAAUGUCAUCAGAAGGUUCCCCAAAAUUGAAAGCUUCUCUAACAAGCGUGCCUUCACCCCAUAAAAAAUCCCCAACUAGCACGAUGGUGUUAUCCUCUUCACCAGUGAAGUUUCCUGAGACAGAUCCCAUUGAUGUAGCUGCACAUCUGCAAUUACUGGGAGAGUCUCUGAGUCUUAUUGGCCACAGACUGCAGGAGACUGAAGGAAUGGUAGCCGUAUCAGGAAGUUUAUCAGUACUCCUGGAUUCAAUUAUUUGUGCUCUGGGCCCUUUGACUUGUCUCACAUCCCAGUUACCUGAGCUAAAUGGCUGCCCCAAACAUGUUUUGUCUAACACAUUAGAUAAUAUUGCCUACAUAAUGCCCGGUCUUUGACAAAAAAAGUGAAUAUGGAAAAUAAUCUGCUGUGCUACUGGUUUGUACACAUAUAUAUUGCAUUCUUCAAGUCUCAACCUACAGAAUUUUAAAGUCUUUUGUCAAUAAUUGUUUAACUUGAUUUUAUGAAAAAAGUCCGGAACUUAAAUUUACAAGAAUUGGAGGAUGUUUUAAGUCUGUGUGUUUCUACGUAACUAGAGUUUAGUAAUUUUUUUAUAUAUCAGCCUUAAUAUAAAAGGAAAAAAAAAUAUUGAAUUAUUUUAAUUAGAAAUGUCAAGCAAGUUUGGGGCAAACAAGCACCAUGGACCCAUUACCACUAAUAUUUUAACUAUAAAACAGAGCCCUGGUGGUGCAGUGAUUAAAGAGCAGUGUUGCAGGCAAACUCUGCCCAGAGCCUUGAGUUUGAUCCUGACAGGGCUCAAAGUUGACUCAUCUUUCCAUCCUCUCAAGAACGGUAAAAUGAGGGCCCAGCCCUAGACUGUUGGAGCAAUAUGCAAAUAAUGCUUCAACACUGUAAACCGUCUAGAGAGUGGUGUAAGCACUAUGGGGCAGUAUAGAAGCCUAAAUGUUAUUGCUACUGCUAUAAAAUAGUAUUACUUUAAGUGGAGACAAUGGAAUGGAGAAAAAUAAUACACAUGGUGUUCAAAUUAAUGAUGAGAAGAAAUUGUCCUAUCCCUAAAGAACUGUUCUGACAUUAGGAAUUCUUAUUAAGUGUUGCAUUCAUUGAUUGUCAGGGCUACAUGCAAAUGUGAGAGUGAAUGAAAUCAAAUCGUUAAAAUGGUUACUAUUUUAAUGUGACUGCUUAAAGCAGCUAUAUUUUUCUCCACACACACACUUGUUUUAAUAAGUAGCUAAUUCAUGUUUGUUCAAGUUUUGAAGCAAUUCUUCCAAAUCAUUUUCAAACCAAAUGUAGCACUAGUAAUUACAAUAUAGAAAUGUAAUAUUCUACACAAUGUUCAGAUUUUGAGAGAAAAGGAAGCCUACAAUUCCAAGCUCCAAAUUCUUCACAUUUAGAUAGUGACUUCUGAAACAGUAGCUAAAACUAUUGUCAUAGAAGGCAAGAGCAUUCCCCCAAUUACACAAAUUCCAAUUUAGCAUUCUUAUUACCAGCAAAUUGACUUCUUUCUCUUAUGGUGCUAAUAUUCAUGUACAGGCAGUUAGAGAGGUGAUAUUGAACAAUUUAUUAAUAAGAGGAAGAGAAAUCUAAUGCCUCAGCACAGGCUUUAGUGCUCUAAAAUUCUUCUCUGGAAAAGCACUUCCAUAGGAUUAAGUAUGGCAUUCUUAAUAUAGGUGUUUACAUUUUUGGAUAUGUAUUUUUGUAUAUAGUUCUAAUUAGAACACAAAAUGUUCCUUCUAUUACUAUUGUUCAGAAAAUAUGUACAGGUAGUCCUAAAUCUAUGGCCAAAAUUGAGCCCAACAUUUAUGUUGCUAAAUGAGACAGUUGUUAAGUGAUGUUUGCCUUUCUUGCCACAGUUAAGUGAAUCACUGUAACUGUUAAGUUAGUAAUGCUGUUGUUAAGUGAAUCUAUCUUCCCCAUUGACUUUACUUGUCAGGUCACAAAAGGUGAUCACAUAAUCUUGGGACGCUGCAGCGGUCAUAAAUGAGUCAGUUGUCAAGCAUCCAAAUUUUGACCACACGAUCAGAGGUUGCUGCAAUAGUUAUAAGCGUGAAAAAUGGUCAUAAGUCACUUUUUUCAGUGUAGUAACGUCAAAUGGUCAUUAAACAAAUGAUUGUAAGUCAAGGAUUAUCUGAAUUGGCUUUAUGCUCUAUACAUAAUUGAAUGUCUUGUUAUAAGCACUGAUUCAAAGGAGAUUUUGAAUUUUUAAAAAAGUAUUCAUAUGACACUAGCAAUAGUCCACAACUUACAACCAUUCAUUUAUAAAAUGUUCAAAGUUACAACAGGGUGAAAAAGUGAUGUAUGGUCCUCACACUUAAGACCAUUGUAGAGUUCUCAUGAUCAUGAUUGGAUUCUUUGUGACUGGCAUAUGUCUAUGAGGAUUGCAGCAUCCCAGGGUAAUGUGAUCGACAUUUGUGAUCUGCCCAGCAGGCUUCUGACAAGCAAAGUCAAUGGGGGAAGUCAGAUUCACUUAUAACCAUAUAACUUAUGUCAUAUAACCUUAUCACAUAGGAUUUAAAAAUCUUAAAAACAAGAAAUGAAAUAAUUUUGAAUCCAAGAUUAAAUGUACAUCACUUUUCUCGGCUCUUAAAGUAGUUAUUUUUCUAAUUGAUAGACUAUUAAAUUGACUGAUUUUCUAUCAUUUCAUCUUAAACUUCCUCUAAAUAAUGAAGCAUCUGUCCCCAUUCCUACCCCUAGUUCAGAGGUGACAAACUAGUUCAGCAGCGUCACAGUGGCAUCAUGUGAUAUAUGACCUUUUUCCUUUUGCCAAACUGGACGUGGCCAGCAUGUGACGCAUCCGGGCCGCAAGUUUGACAGCCCUGCCCUAGUUAAACUUGAUGAUUAAAGUACUACGUACUAAAGGCUAGAGACUUGAGGUUUUAAAAACUUACUCAGAUUUGAUGUUAUUUGAACAUCAAAAAUAUACAAAAAAUAUAAAAACCAAUUGAGGUAGUGAUUAAGGUAUCAGGCUAGAAACCAGGAAAACACAGAAGCCAGCUGGUGACCUUAGGCCAGUCAUUUUUCUCUCAGCCCGAGGAAACAGGCAAUGGCAAACUACUUCUAAAAAUCUUGCUAUGAAUCACUGACUCAAGAGUUGUGCAGAUAUACAGGCAGUAUAUGAGCUAUAAAAAUAUCAAUCUUUAGAGCUGGACAUUUAGCAGAAUCAUUUAAUUGCAUUUACACUAUUAUCUCUGCUUUUGGAAAGUUAAGUUUUUAGUAUUGAGUGGAAAGUCUUUAAAUUAGGAGUUUGGUAGCACCUUUUCCAACUAAGAAAUGUAAUUAAAAAGCAUAACCAGUGUGACCAAAUGAGCUACAUCUUACAAAAACUUAUUCCAUUUAAUACAAUUCGUUAGUUGGUUCUAUCAGACAACUGAUUUUUUUUGCCAGCCUAGACUAACACAGCUCUCUUAUAAAUGAAGAAAGGCCAUUUUUACUUAUGUCCUCCUGUCCUGUGUUACCCCACCUACAGAUAUAUCACAAAAGCUAGAAAAACAGAAGGUGAGCACAGGCGAGUCAGAAAUAAUUGCCUUCUUCCAAUGUCAAUCACAAAGGCUUUAAUUCAUAGACAGUCAUAAUAUGUAGCUUAAAUUUUCAGUAUCUUGGAUUAAAUAGAAGAUCUACUUCACAUUUACCAUUUGCAAUGUGGUAGAGUUGAUGUUUUUAAACACACAAAUGUACUUGAUGUA